AUGCGUCGGUCCCAAACUCUUCUAUCUUGCUCUCUCCUGCUGGCAUCCCUCGGGGGAGUGCAGGCGAAGCUUGACUUGAAAUCUACCAAGAACAUUGUUGUUUACUGGGGACAAAACUCUUUCAGGGGCAAGGGUGACCAGGCACAACAGCCCUUGUCGUAUUACUGUGACAAUGCUGACAUUGAUGUCAUUCCAAUGGCCUUUAAUAUGAUGGUCAAUGGCCCUGGAGGUGCACCCGAGAUCGACUUCGCGGUGAGCAGCGAAGAUUGCCAGGUGUUUGAGGGAACGCAGCUGAAGAACUGCCCCAAGAUCGGCAAGGACAUCGCGACCUGCCAAAAAAAGGGCAAGACAAUUCUUCUCUCCAUUGGUGGCGCCACAUACAGCGAAGGCGGCUUCAAGUCUGAGACCGAUGCCAAAGACGGCGCCAAGUUGAUGUGGGAAACCUUUGGUCCCAAGCAAGAAGGCUCCAAUGCUCUUCGUCCCUUCGGUGACUCUGCCUUGAACGGAUUCGACUUCGACUUCGAGGCCAAUGUCCAGCACAUGGCUACUUUCGCCAACGAGCUCCGGUCCCUGAUUGAGGCCGACAAGAGUGGCCAGGACUUCUUCCUGACUGCUGCACCCCAAUGCCCUUAUCCUGACCAGGCUGACAAGGACAUCCUCAACGGUCCUGUCUAUAUUGACGCCAUCUGGGUCCAGUUCUACAACAACUACUGCGGUGUCAACGCUUAUAGCCCCCAGAGCUCCGCCAACCAGUACAACUUCGAGGAGUGGGACAACUGGGCUCACACAGUGUCGAAGAACAAGGACGUCAAGGUCAUUGUCGGCGUACCAGCAGACACCACCGCGGCCAGCACUGGAUACAUUCCAUCCUCGGAGCUGGCCAAGGUGAUCGAGUACUCGAAGAAGUUCGACAGUUUUGGAGGAGUUAUGAUGUGGGAUGCCACGCAAGCGUACGGCAACGGAGCCUUCAUUAAGGAUGUGCGAAAGGCCCUGGGAGGCGCUGAUGAUACCGGUUCGUCGUCGUCCAGUUCGGCGUCGACCUCGGCGCCUUCUACUUCGUCCACUGACUCAUCGAAUACCUCGUCAUCAUCUACCAAUGCACCCGGCUCCUCACCCUCAUCUUCCUCCUCCUCUGCUGCUUCCUCAUCGUCCAGUGGUCCUGAAACCACCACCACCACCGAGGAGGCCACGCCGACCCCGACCGAGUCCCAACCGACUACGACCGCGCCCCCAGAGUCGGCCGCGACCCCAGAGACGACCGCGCCCCCA